AUGUUUGUCACGCGCUCAUUCUAUCGCGUCGCGACUCACACAAGAUUUAUGGGAAGACAACAAACACUCGGUAAAUUCUUUGAAAUGCCAAAGAGCAGUAAAGCCGCGCCGCCACAACAGUCGAACCUGUCAGAAAUGUGGGGAGGGAAGAAGCGGAAGCCCAACACGAAUGAGGAGAGUGUGCAGGAAGAAGUCAUCGUUAACGGGAAGGCGGAUGAACUGAAGACGGGCGCGUCACUGAAGUCUGAAAUUAGUGAGAAUCUUGGACCACCAUCCAAACUGUGGACAUCACCUGGGCCUUCAAAGUCAAAACGGAGACGUGUGGUCGAGUCAGAUGACGAGGACUCCACGACCACCCCACCAACUCUCAUCGGUCUAAAUGGGCACUCCUCACCACAGCCUUCCUCCAAAAGUAGAGAAAAAGCCAAAGCAGUCUCCCAACCUGAGCCUUCCUCCAAAAGUAAAGGGAAAGCCAAAGCAGUCCCCCAACCCGAGCCUGCAGAAAAGCAACUAGCCGAGUCCCCAGCAAGUGCCGACGAGGCCGAGGAUGAGAAUCCUGACGAAAGUGAGCCAGAGGAUGAUGACGAGGAUGCGGCCACACAAACUGCCGAGGAAGCACUAUCCCGAGUCGCAGAGGUAGACAUUAAGGGCGGGUGGAAAAUCGGAGAUUCAGUGCCCUACGCUGCAUUAACGAAGACAUUCUCACUCAUCGAAGCCACCACCAAGAGGCUCGAAAAGACCGCCCUUCUUACUUCGUUCUUCCUUCUCGUCAUCCAGCGCAGCAAGAAUGACGAUUCAAACUCCCUCCUGCAGUGCGUAUACCUGUGCAUAAACCGCCUAAGCCCAGAUUAUGUCGGUGUUGAACUGGGUAUCGGCGAGAGCCUGCUCAUCAAAGCUAUCAGCGAGUCCACAGGACGCAGUCUUGCAACAGUCAAAGCAGACCUCAAGAAAGAAGGCGAUCUCGGGCUUGUAGCAAUGAACUCUAAAAACAGUCAGAAGACGCUCUUUAAACCCAAGCCCCUUACAGUUCCUUUCGUCUUCUCGAACUUGCGGGAGAUCGCAUUGUCAUCUGGACAUUCGUCCCAGGCAAAGAAGGUAUCGAUCAUCACAAAGCUCCUCGCCGCAUGCCAGGACUUCGAGGCGAAGUACAUUGUGCGCAGUCUGGAAGGCAAGCUCCGGAUCGGUAAUGCUGAGCGGACGGUUCUCGUGGCUCUUGCACACGCUGUCGUUCUGGCUAAAGAACAUGCUGGAAAGCGAUGGAGCAAAGAGAAACUGGCAUCUCGCCUCGAAGAGGGUGCUAGUAUUAUCAAAUCUGUGUAUAGCGAGCUCCCCACGUACGAACUUGUGAUCCCUGCGUUAUUCACGCAUGGCCUAUCGGGCUUGCGCACUCAUUGCAAGCUUACGCCCGGGGUUCCGCUCAAGCCAAUGCUCGCCAAGCCGACAAAAGCGAUUGGCGAAGUACUUGACCGGUUUGAGGGACGGCGAUUCACGUGUGAGUACAAGUACGAUGGGGAGCGCGCCCAGGUGCACAGGCUGGAGGAUGGCAGCGUCAGCGUCUUUAGUAGAAAUUCAGAGGAUAUGAAGGCUAAGUAUCCAGAUCUGGUGGAGCAGCUGCCGAGGUGCAUCAUGGAGAAGACCACGUCAUUUGUGCUGGAUGCCGAAGCCGUUGCGAUUGACAAGACCUCGGGCAGGCUCAUGCCCUUCCAAGAGCUGAGCAAGCGAAAACGCAAGGACGUAAAAGUCGAAGACAUACAGGUCAAAGUCUGCCUUUUCGCAUUCGACCUUAUCUACCUCAAUGGCGAGCCACUUCUCCAAAAAUCACUCAGCGAGCGGCGAGAGUUGUUGAGGGAGCACUUCCAGAUCGUACCUGGAGAGUUCGAUUUUGCCAAAUCUUCAGAUGGAUCGACAACAGAUGAGAUCCAGGCGUUCCUUGAAGAGAGCGUGAAAGACGGCUGCGAAGGACUCAUGGUUAAGAUGCUUGAGUCAGACGCAAGUUACUAUGAACCCAGCCGGCGGAGCGUCAACUGGCUCAAGCUCAAGAAAGACUAUCUCGCUGGCGUUGGUGAUUCUUUGGACCUCGUUGUCGUCGGCGGGUACUACGGCAAAGGCAAGCGAACGAACGUUUAUGGAGCUUUCCUCCUAGCUUGCUUUGACACCGAUGCCGAAGAGUAUCAGACGAUCUGCAAGAUCGGUACCGGGUUCAGCGAAGAGAUGCUGCAGACGCACUGGGACACUCUACGACCGCUCGAGAUCACAAAACCACGCGGAGACAUCAAACCUGGUGGAGCAAAGCCUGAUGUGUGGUUUGAGCCAAAGAUCGUAUGGGAGGUGCUUGCGGCAGAUCUGAGCUUGAGCCCGAUAUACACAGCAGCACAAGGCUUGGCAGAGGAACGCGGGAUCUCGUUACGCUUUCCGAGAUUCAUCCGAAUACGGGAUGAUAAAUCGGCAGAUGAUGCUACCGGACCUGAGCAAAUCUCUGAGAUGUAUGAACGACAGGUGCUUGCGCAGAGUAAGGGCGGGAAGAAAAGCAAAGGUGAUGGAGAUGAUGGAUUUUGGUGA